AGCGGCCAAGAGAGAGAGAGAGAGAGAUACGAUCGAGAGCCGUAGUGUGCCUGAGGAACAGGCGGGACUCGAACCCUCCAAAGCUUUUCAUUCUCUCUCUCUCCCCCCCCUGCCAUCAUUGCCAGGGGUUGGUUCCUCUCUCUCCUCUCUCUCUUUCUCUCUCUCUUCCCCUUUUUCUUUCCUCAUUUGCUUCCCCCGCUUCCCUGCUCAUUGCCAAGGUUUGGUCCCGCCUUCUCUCUCACUCCAUCUCUCUCUUCCUCCAAGGACUUCUCUCUCUCUAGGAGGCGGCUUCUUGUAGCAUGAACAUGGAGGCAACAUUGGGCAUCAUUCUCCUCUCCCAGCUCCUCCUCAUCGACUAGUGAUGAUUAGUUGUCAGCAUUCGAAGUUGAGUUUUGUUCACAUGGCAUGGACAGAGACAGAGGUCACUAAUGGGGGAGAGAGGGAGGUUAUGGGAGAGAAUGAGUGCUUGAAAGGACUACGACCUUCUGUUGAUGGGGGCAUAGUGAAUCCUCUAGCAGCUAGUGGUGUUGGAGUGCCCCCUAUGCAUCCGUUGCCAUUACAUAAGAGGUUUGAAGGGAAGGAUGCUCUUUCUUAUGCCAAUAUUCUUCGAUCGAGGAACAAGUUCGCGGAUGCUCUCACUUUAUAUGACACCAUUCUUGAAAAGGACAUUGAAAAUGUUGAGGCUCAUAUAGGCAAGGGGAUUUGUCUCCAGAUGCAACACCAGACCCAACAAGCAUUCCAAAGUUUCUCUGAAGCUGUGAGACUUGACCCGAACAAUGCAUGCGCUCUUACCCAUCGUGGCAUCUUAUACAAAGAUGAGGGUCACCUGUUAGAGGCUUCAGAGUCAUAUCAAAAGGCUUUGGCGGCUGAUCCUGGAUACAAGCCAGCUGCAGAAUGCCUAGCAAUUGUCUUAACAGAUCUUGGCACCAGCUUGAAGCUUUCUGGGAACACUCAAGAGGGAAUCCAGAAGUACUGUGAAGCUCUGAAGAUCGACAGCCAUUAUGCUAGGAAACUACGUUCAUUGGCCAUACAGCCUGCUUAUUACAACUUGGGGGUGGUUUAUUCCGAAAUGCUGCAAUAUGACUUGGCUCUUACGUUCUAUGGGAAAGCAGCACUACAGAGGCCUAUGUAUGCUGAAGCAUAUUGCAACAUGGGAGUCAUAUACAAGAACCGUGGGGACCUGGAAGGUGCUAUAGCUUGUUAUGAGAGGUGUUUAUCUGUGUCUCCCAACUUUGAGAUUGCCAAGAACAAUAUGGCAAUAGCCUUGACAGACUUGGGGACAAAGGUAAAACUGGAGGGAGACAUCAAUCAGGGAGUGGCAUAUUACAAGAAGGCCUUGUUUUAUAACUGGCACUACGCCGAUGCCAUGUAUAACCUUGGUGUUGCUUAUGGGGAAAUGUUGAAAUUUGACAUGGCAAUUGUGUUCUAUGAACUCGCAAUACACUUCAAUCCUCAUUGUGCAGAGGCAUGCAACAACUUAGGGGUAAUUUAUAAGGACAGGGACAAUCUUGACAAAGCUAUACAAUGUUACCAGAUGGCCUUGUCGAUUAAACCCAACUUCUCACAGUCGCUAAACAAUCUUGGUGUUGUUUACACCGUUCAGGGUAAAAUGGAUGCUGCAGCAAGCAUGAUUGAGAAAGCUAUAGCUGCAAAUCCCACAUAUGCAGAAGCAUACAAUAACCUAGGUGUUCUUUACAGAGAUGCCGGGGAUAUUUCUCUCUCUAUUGAAGCAUAUGAGCAAUGUCUGAGAAUAGAUCCUGAUUCCCGUAAUGCUGGUCAGAAUCGGUUGCUCGCAAUGAACUACAUUAAUGAGGGGGUUGAUGACAAGCUUUACGAGGCUCACAGGGAAUGGGGUAGGCGCUUCAUGAGGCGAUACCCACAAUAUACUUCAUGGGAAAAUCCAAAAGACCCUGAGCGACCCCUUGUAAUUGGAUAUGUGUCUCCAGAUUACUUCACUCAUUCCGUGUCAUAUUUUAUAGAGGCUCCCCUUUUGUACCAUGACUACUUGAAUUACAAGGUUGUGGUGUAUUCUGCAGUUGUGAAGGCUGAUGCAAAAACGCUCAAAUUCAAAGAUAAGGUUCUAAAGAAUGGUGGGAUAUGGAGGGAUAUUUAUGGAAUUGAUGAGAAGAAAGUUGCUGCCAUGGUUAGGGAUGAUAAAGUUGAUAUUUUGGUUGAGUUGACGGGACAUACAGCUAACAAUAAGCUGGGUAUGAUGGCCUGUCGGCCUUCUCCUAUACAGGCAACCUGGAUUGGAUACCCAAACACAACUGGUUUACCUACAAUAGAUUAUAGAUUUACUGAUCAACUCGCUGAUCCUCCCACUACUAGGCAAAAACAUGUUGAGGAGUUGGUUCGCCUGCCUGAUUGUUUUCUUUGCUAUACUCCCUCUCCGGAAGCUGGGUCUGUUUCACCAACCCCUGCCCUCUCAAAUGGAUUCAUAACUUUUGGGAGCUUUAACAAUCUAGCGAAGAUAACUCCCAAGGUCCUGAAGGUAUGGGCCCGGAUACUGUGUGCAGUUCCAAAUUCCCGCCUUGUGGUCAAAUGUAAACCAUUCUGUUGUGAUAGUGUACGACAGAAAUUCCUUUCGGCAUUAGAACAAUUGGGGCUGGAAACACUGCGUGUCGAUCUUCUUCCGUUAAUUCUUCUCAAUCAUGACCACAUGCAAGCAUACUCCCUUAUGGAUAUUAGCUUGGACACAUUUCCAUACGCGGGAACAACAACCACAUGUGAAUCUCUUUACAUGGGGAUCCCUUGUGUCACAAUGGCAGGCUCUGUACAUGCUCACAAUGUUGGUGUCAGUCUCCUCACUAAAGUUGGGUUGAAGCAUUUGAUAGCAAGAACUGAAGACGAGUAUGUCCAGUUAGCCUUGCAACUGGCUUCUGAUAUCAAUGCACUUUCCACGUUAAGGAUGAAUCUUAGAGCGCUCAUGUUGAAGUCCCCAGUAUGUGAUGGGCCCCGCUUUAUUCUAGGGUUAGAAUCGACCUACCGAUCUUUGUGGAGAAGGUAUUGCAAGGGCGAUGUGCCCUCCCAAAGGCACAUGGAAAUGAUGGGUCAGACCUUACCUGAGAAACCCUAUUCAAACUCUUCUGACCCCUCAAAAAUCCAAAGCCCAAGCCCGAUAGAGAACUCCAUGUCAGUGAAAAUGAAUGGCAUCAGUACAAUGUCACCUUCUAAGCGAGGUGCAAUGGGAAACUCAGAGGAAACAAUUAGGUUUUUUGAUGAAUCUAAGAUUUGAUUGUGUGGCAGAGGUUUUUCCAUAUGGCGCAUUUUCAGGGGUUUCUCUGGCCUAUUCAAGUUUGAUGGUCUCCAUGUAUUCUCUGCUGCCUUGCCUUCUAUCCAUGUACUGGAAAAGGAAAAGAAGUAUAUUCGGCCCACUUUGUAAAAUUGUCUGUGGGUGUAAAAUUCAGCUGAAUUUAUCCAAAAAAAAAAUUGCUGAUGUGUGGGACUGGAAGGCCCUUGCUCUUGCUGGUAUUUAUAAGGAGACCAGUAUUUGCAUCAUGUAAUCACAUUUUUUGGACAGUCAAACUUAUGGCUUUUCAAAUAGGUAUGCAUUUGUAUCUAUGGGUAGAAAUAUUCAGUUUGGCUGUCAUCAUUGUAUCUUUCAAUCCUCGUAUUGGGACAGACUAAGACAGGUUAACAAACCAAAUUUUUUUUUUUUCAGUAGUAAUUAACAGUAAAGGUAUUUUGAAAUUUGCUUGGUA